UCAAGUGAUGUUCAAGGGAGAGUGGACGGCAGUCCGUACGACAAUGAUGACAAAGACAGCAGGAUGAGGCAUUUUUAUUCACGUUUCCAUGACUACGCUGAGAUUCUAUCAGAUGACGACCUGGCAGCUGUCGGUACACCUGGCAGCCAGGGGACAAUGUCGGUGUCCAGUUCGGGAUGCAACAUGCAGGAAGUUUUGGACCAGAUUGACACCAGGCUUGCUUUGAAUGCUGUACUGUUCCCUAGACAUGGUAUAGGGGAUACAUCGGGCUACCGGGUGGGUGAUGACGCCACGUACACCAAAGAGACUGUCUUCUCCUCUGGUGUGCAAACCACCACCACGACAUUGGUCUCAUCAUCACAGAAGGAAACUGAGUUUUCCGUCAACCAGGCUUCACCGUCGGCUCCUCCCAAACAGACAGAGUUCCCUGCCACUGGGAACACAUCACCGAGG